AAUGGGAUGCCUUUACUGACAGAGCACCGCGACUUUUCACACAGGUUUAUUCCAUGGAUAAAGCGAGGCUGGGUAAGAAACGUGCCUCACACCCAGCCAGCCGGACAGUUCUCUUCCCCACUCCCACCUCUUCUUCUUCUUCGGGGAGGGUAACCCUAGAAACACGGCCUCCCUUUCCCCUCCCCAUAAACUUCGCUCUCUCCCGCCUAGCCUCCGUCCCCAGGAGGGAAUGGCCAAGGCGGCUGCGGCGGGAUCUUGCCGCCUGACUUCCUCACCCCGCCGCCCGCCCUCCGCCCCACCGCCUCUCGCUCCUUCGAGCUCGGAGGCCGCUCCGUCGAGGCGGCCCCCUCAGCUCGGGGCCAUGGCAGCGGCAGCCGCUCAGCCGUCGCCGCCGGUCACCUUCGUCCGGUGCGUGGGAUCUGCUCUCUUCUUCCUCCAGAUCGCCUCUGUCCGAGCUGACGGAAAAGUGUUUGCCCUGGGGCCCAGGAAUGGCUCCCACAGUCUGGAUUUUGCUAUGGCUCAGCAGUCAUGCACUGCCGCGGGAGCUCGCUUAGCAACCAGAGAAGAACUGAGAAGAGCCAUAAGAGAUUGUUCUUUCGCUGUGUGCACCAAAGGCUGGUUGGGUGAUGGCACAAUUGGGACAAUUGUGUGCAACAGGACAGGUAGCAAGCCACAGAGUGUGAAAAUGAUCGAUAUUCAGAUUGAAAUGGAUCCCUCUCUGAGUGACAGAUACAAUGCAAUUUGUGUGAAGGCUGAAGGCAAACCAUGCGGAGAUCCUCCGUCUUUUCCUCAUACUAUUCUGCAUGGACACACUGGUUUUGAAAUGGGAGAUGAACUGCACUAUAUCUGUGCCCAAGGAUAUGUCAUGAGUAACAAAGAUACAGCCUUCACUCUGCUCUGUCACACUUGUGGCGAAUGGUUUGGUCAAGUCCAGGCUUGUGUCAAAGACAAAACUGAGGGACAUAUUGAUUAUGAAGACAAUUUUCCUGAUGAUCGAUCUAUGUCCACUCAAGAACAUGAACAUAAUGCCCAAGAGACAGAGAAAAGAGGAAAUGAGCCAGAGAAAGCCACAGAUGACAACACCAAAACUCAGUUUGUUGAUGGUGAUAAUCAUAUUGAUGUCAAAAGCAUGUCAAAUGAGCAGGCCAUCAAAAUGAUAUAUGAAGGAGAAGAAAUGCCCAUUGGACCUAUCAUUGUGAACAAUGAUACAAAAGCAGCAAAACAUACAGAUUCUAAUACAGACGAGUCUUGGCUAGAUGGUUAUCCUGUUACUCAAGAAGCAGUGGAAGGAGAUGUAGUUGAUGAAGGGAGCAAAAUGGAUGGAUCUGUAGAGAUACAAGAUGAAAUUGUAACUGACCAACCAAACUAUGUCGGAGUUAGAAAAACAAAGGGCAGAAGCAUGGAAAAAGAUUUACUACAAACUGAGGCAGUCCCUCUACCGACAGCUGAUAAUGGGAUCAAAGGAGUACUUGUGACCCUACAGCCAACAAGCGGCCCAGUAAGUGUAAGCAAAGGCUCUAAUGAUGUCACCAGUUAUGCCCCAAUGACACCUAUGAGAUUUGUUACUCGAGAACUGAUCUCAGUAACCAUAGUCACUGACUUGAACCUGGCCACCCUUGAGACUUCUACAGUACUUUAUUUUACUGAUCACAUCCCAUUGCCAGAAAUUAUGACUUCCCCAAUGCAAGCAGUUACUACUGUUCCUUCUCAAAAUUUAUUUACUGAUGUGCCAAUGGAUGCUGAGAGAGAAGCUCUUACCUUCGGACUAAGUGGAAAGCUCUUGACCACUUUCGAGCCAUGUGUAGGGGUUGAUUGUUCCAGUUCAGACACAGCCCCCAUGGUUGCCAUUGGGGUGAUUGUGGUGGGCUUGAUUUUACUUGCUUCAGUCUUGGCAGUGUGGUGUUUCAAGAAAUGGCAACAGAAGACAUCUGUUUAUAAACUGAAUGGGCAAGAUCAUACUAGGCACCAGCUGCAACAGAUUGAAAUGCAGAAAGUCUAACAUGGUAAGUCUGUGAGAGAGUGGAAGAAACUGAAUGACCAAUCAAUGUCAAUGUCAAUUUGUUCAGAAGACAAGAAAACAUGUCUGCAGAUCAGCAGGACUUGCAGCCAUCUAAAAUUGCAACAUAUAGGUAUCAGUAUUAAUCUAAUUAAUUGCAUAUAUCUUUAACUACCCAUCUUGCAGAAGACUUUAUGGCUGAUUCACAGAACUAUUUUUAAAUCACACAAUAAUUGCGUGACUAUGACAUGGUGGCCUGGUUUUCUGAAAUACGUCAUCUAUGACCAUAAUCAUGUCUGGAGCUUUAUUUUGUGUAUAUAGUGGCCAUUCUGACUGCAACCUAUGGAGCACAUGGAGAAAAUUUGAACAAUUACAUGUGCCAUUUUAAAAAUUAGGAUAAACUGAUGUAGACAGUUAUUAUUUGUCAUGCUCUACAGAGUGCUGAAGGUGCAAACCAGUAAUUGUUGCUCUCCCACUGCCCAUGUUUAUUUCAAUGGACUGCUAUUGAAGCAGCUCUCUUCUUCAGUGAAUACCUUGGUGGACAGAGAGAUGUUCUCCAUGAACUUAGCAUCAUCUGUUAAUUAGAAUCAUGGCAUCAUUGGACAAUCUGUUUUUUUUAAAAAAAUUUUUAUCUAGGAAGAUGCAACUUUUUACAUUUGGGUGAGACUGUAUAUAAGAGAAGUUCUCCUGUGAAAAGGCAUCAAGAAGUGAUAUCCUACGAAGCUUCAUUAGUCUUUACAAAUCACCCAACAUUGUCAAUAUUCUUCUAAAGCCUAAGGGCCCAAUAGAAGUAAUCUCUUAAGAAGAGAGCAAACCACCGUGUAACACUUGGCCUGUAUUGCCAUUAAAAGCUAUUUAGUCUUUUUCUAACACAAUGCUAUCUCUGGGCUGGAAUGAUCCAGAAUGAGCCAUACUCCAAGCAGAACCACUGAAAUCAAGUAGAAUGAGUAUUAUUAUGUUCCAUUGAUUUCUAUGGGUCUACUUUCAGAAUGAAUAAAUCUAUAUUCUUAGUAAUCUAACUGGAUAAUGCCCAAUUACUUAUGCAGCUAAUAAAAUCAUUUAGAAGUGUAUCAAUCACCUCACAGUACAGAUUAGCUAAAGUGGAUGUUUCUAUUAUUAGAUUAACUCAGGGUUGAUUUAUAGUGGACAAAAUCUCAUGUAGGCAAGAUGUUGAUAAAAAUCCCACAUUAAGAAAGACUAUUGAUGGGUUUUGAAGUCACAUAGCAUGCCUACAGCAAUGAUCAUCUUCAUACAUAUUAGCCUGUAUCACAACUUAACAGUUAUGUCUCUGUACUACUCCGACAUGAGUAAAACACUUGUAAAAUGCACUAGAUGAGAGAUAGGGCACUCUUUCAGAACCAUAUUAUUCUUGCCUAAUGAUAUGCAGUGCAGCAUGCAGCUGCUCAUACAUCAACACAUAUAUGGUAUGGAUGUGCUAUUUGUGUUCUUUAGACUUGUAGAUCUUCAGUUGGCACCCUUUAUAAAUCCUAAAAAGCAGUGGGACUACAAUUCCAUGAAAGCACUGUGGCAGCUUCCUUUUUUUGUAAAUUAACAAGAAGCAAGCCUGUGGCAGCCAUGAAGCUUUAGAGAUAGGUCCCUGGUCAAUAUGAGUGAAAUGUAGGUGUCUGUAGGUUGGAACGCUAGCUGGUAAAUUCCUGGAGAAUUCCGGAGUUAGAUUCCAAAAAACACAAAUGGUACGCUUCUAAUGUAUGGUACCACACAUUUUGCAUGAAUACAAAUACUGUACAAAACAAACACAUUUUAAGCAUAUUAAAUUGCAAAUUUAGCCACUUUACAAAACAUGUGACUUUUAAAGUGCAUAUCUACUACUAGAAUGGGAGACUUUCCAGCACAAUCUUUAAAUAAAAUUAAUACAGUCAAAAAUAAGAGUUUGUCAAAUAUCUAUUCAACCAUUCUACUGUCCUGUACUGAACUUCUAUUUCAUAGCU